AUGAACCAGUCGUUACUGUCGUCAACACCUAGCUUUGCCGCUGACACCUUUUCCAUGAUCACAACUGCUGCUCUGUGGGGUGCACUCUUGACGUGUGCGCUCAUUGCUCUCUAUAUUCUGAAAUUGUUUUAUCAAAUUUAUAGAAAUUAUUCAUUGGUCAAACACAUACCUGGUUCUUGGCAGGUGGCAUUCGCUCCCAUCCAUAUUCCGCUCAUUUCGCCCAUUUGUAACUUUUCCAACGUGAGAGGUGUUUUAAACUGUGCCAAAAAGAUUGGAGACUCUGAGAAUGGUAUUUUCAGAAUGUCAAUGGCUAGUCAGAACAUUGUUUGGUUGAUGGGUUCGGAUUACAUCAAGCAAGCCACUGUUUCAUGGGGUCACAAUAUUGGAAAACCACAACAUUAUGAAAUCUUUGAUAUAUUUGGAGAGAAUAUUGUGAGUGCCAAGAAUACAGAAUCAUGGAAGAAACAUCAUCGAGCUUGUUCUCCUGCAUUCUCAACACGUAAUUUGGAAUAUGUGGUGCAAGUUGCAAAUGAUACUGCUCAAAUGCUUCUCGAGAGAUGGUUCAGAAGGAUGAACUUGGGCAGUGAUGCUACUCGUCUUGCUGCUUCUUCCACCUCAACGAUGGAAAUCAAUGCCACUGCUUCUACGACCACUCCUUCCAAGACGAACAAUCGUGAUCACAACAAGCUUGUUGGUGGUGAAUAUCAGUUACCCCCACACUCGGUCCUAUUCGACGGAAAUGAAAUGGCCGAAGUAACCAUGAACGUUUUACUCAAUGCUGGUUAUGGACUUUCCAAAACAGCACUAUUUGCCGACUCGGAACGAAAGAAACACCUCUUGACUGCGGAAGAGAAGGCACAGGGAGAAGAGUUUUUGCAUCAUAUGGAGUCGCCUUUCAACAUUGAAAAGGGUUUGAAAGCAGCUGGAGAGGUUCUAGAUCAGAUCAUUGCUGAACGAAAGAAAGAAUUUGGAGUGACCAUGUCCUCCUUCAAUACAAAUGAAGAGAGAGAACAAUUUUUCGAUUCUGAGGAUGAAAAGAAGGAUUUAUUGAGUUUACUCGUCAAGGCUAAUUUAAGGGAUCAAUUACUGACAGACAUGGAAAUGAAGAGCAAUGCUUUUGUGGUGCUCUUGGCAGGUUAUGAAACCACUUCAUCCACACUCCAAUGGUUGGUGUAUGAACUUGCAAAGAAUCCUGAUGUGCAGAAAAAGUGUCAAGAUGAAAUUGAUCGUUUAUUGAAUCAUGGAACAAUUCCUUUCAGUUAUGAAAUGUAUAAUGACUUUCAAUAUUUGAAUGCAGUCAUUAUGGAAACAUUACGUCUUCACUGUCCUACCUUCCAAGUCGAUAAGAUUGUUCUCAAUAAGAAUACUCGAAUUGGUAAAUAUGACAUUCCUAAGGGUACUCAUGUCAAUAUUCAUAUCAUGGGACUCAAUUUGAAUGAAAACUAUUGGGAGAAUGCCAACAAGUUCGAUCCAGAACGAUUUGCUACCAAAGAAUUGAAAGAGCAAGCUCAAAAUCAAGCAACUUGGAUUCCAUUUUCAUUUGGUAAUCGAAGAUGUAUUGGAUUUAAAUUUGCACAACUCGAAAUUAUUAGUGUUGUGAUUCAAUUAUUGAAGGAAUGUAAUUUCGUCUUGCUCAAUGAUGAAACAGUGGAUCCAGUGUUCGAGCAAAUGGGAUUAACAUUGAAACCAGGAAAUUUAAAGGUUGCCAUCACAUCACGACGACGACAACAACAAUAA